GUCACUUUUUGAAUUCUGGGGUGUCCCUGUUAUUACGAAAACUUUACGGGCGACAAUGUUUAAAAUCUCGUUUCAAAUUCAAUGACUCUGAACGCAGCAAACCCUUAUUCAGAAAACUUGAGCAGAACGCAAAACUGAAAAGUUUUAGUUGAAGCACUCUUGUAUUUGGCUGGAGUCGAAUUGCUGCUCCGGCCGCCGAGCUGCCACCCUUUAGUCGCCAUCUCCGGUCACCAAGAGAAUUAGAGGCUUAGAGAAGCUGCAAUGCCGACAGUGAGUGUGGGCAGGGAUCGUCUGUUUGCUGCCCUUGGCAAGGAAUACACCCAGAAAGAGUUUGAGGAUCUUUGCUUUCGCUUUGGCAUUGAGCUUGAUGAUGUGACAACUGAAAAAGCAAUAAUUAGAAAAGAAAAACACUUGGAUGAGGGAGAAGAAGAAGAAGGUGAUGAAGAAGUUAUUUACAAAAUUGAAGUCCCAGCCAACAGGUAUGAUUUGCUCUGCCUUGAAGGGAUUGCUCAAUCUCUCCGCAUUUUCAAUGGACAGCAGGAAAUGCCCGCAUACAAAGUUGUCAAGAUUGACGAACCGGCAAUGCUUCAAAUGCAUGUUAAACCAGAGACAUCUAUGAUUCGUCCUUUUGUUGUCUGUGCUGUUUUAAGAAACUUGUCCUUUGAUGAAGCGAGUUAUAACAGCUUCAUUGAUCUCCAAGAUAAGCUUCAUCAGAAUAUUUGUCGGCGAAGAACCCUUGUUGCGAUUGGUACUCAUGACUUGGACACUUUGGAAGGCCCUUUCACGUAUGAGGCAUUGCCACCUUCGGAAAUCAGCUUUGUGCCUCUGAAACAGACGAGGAACUUCAGAGCUGAUGAGCUGAUGGAAUUUUACAAAUCAGAUUUGAAACUGAAAAAGUAUUUGCACAUAAUCGAAAACUCACCAGUAUACCCGGUCUUAUAUGACCGGAAAAGAACUGUACUGUCUUUACCACCAAUAAUUAAUGGUGCUCAUUCGGCGAUCACUCUAAACACCAAGAAUGUGUUCAUUGAAUGUACUGCCACCGAUUUGACAAAGGCCAAGAUUGUUUUAAACACAAUGGUAACGAUGUUUUCUGCAUAUUGUGAAAGAAAAAAUGAGGUGGAACCAGUUGAAGUGAUAUAUGCUGAUGGGAAGUCAUAUGUUUAUCCUGAUUUGUCAGUCUUUAGUAUGGAAGUUCCAGUAUCUUAUAUCAAUGGUACAAUUGGAAUCUCUCUAGGGGCAGAAGAGGUCACUAGCUUGUUGAACAGAAUGCAAUUACGUGCCGAAAAGGUUUUAUCACAAGAUAAUGAUUGCUAUAUUAAUGUACUUGUGCCUCCAACAAGAAGUGAUGUUCUGCACCCCUGUGAUGUUAUGGAGGAUGUUGCAAUUGCCUAUGGGUACGAUAACAUUCCAGCAGCAAAGUAUGAAUCUGUGAAGCCACUUUCCUUGAAUGAGUUCAGUGAUCUAUUAAGAUUGGAGAUUGCAAUGAAUGGAUUUACAGAGGUGUUGACAUGGAUUUUGUGCUCUGCAAAAGAACUUUCCUCUAUGUUAAAUCGAAAAAGUGACAAAAGAACAGUUGUUAUUGGAAAUCCUCGUUCAUCUGAUUUUGAGGUUGUGAGGACCACUCUGAUGCCUGGUAUAUUGAAAACUGUUGGGCACAACAAAGACCAUGCAAAACCCAUAAAGAUUUUUGAAGUGGGUGAUAUAGCAGUUCUGGAUGAGAAUAAAGAUGUUGGAGCAUCAAACAGGCGCCAUCUUGCAGCGCUGUACUGUGGUGCUAACUCAGGAUUUGAGUUGAUUCAUUGCCUAGUUGACAGAAUAAUGGAGGUUGUAGGGACUAAGUUUGAAGUGGAUAAUGAUACAGCAUACUAUAUAAAAUGUUCAGAUGAGCCCGAGUUUCUUCCAGGCAGGCAGGCCAGCAUUAUUUACAAAGGGGAAAGCAUUGGCUUUUUUGGUAUUGUUCACCCUGAGGUUUUGAACAACUUCGACAUUCCUGAUCCAUGCUCCUUCAUGGAAAUUGACAUCCAGAGUUUGUUGUAGGGCCAUAACCAAUGUUCAGCAGAGCCAUUGUUAUACUGGUAGCAUGACCUCUCGAUAGGAAAAAUUGACUGGCUGGCCCAAGAAAAUAUAGCAAUACAUUAUUCAGGAUUUUGUUGACAAUUUUACUGAAAAUUUUGAAAUAUUUCAAUUAAUACUGGUUGAUGCUUUAUUCUUUGUUUUGGUUGAAAUUAUAGAAAUUGUUCAAUAUGAACCCUUUUACACCAAAAACUUUAUGAUCGCGUUUUGUA